UCUGCGCAAAUGUGCCCAGCAAUGAUGCUCGUGAACAACACAACACCGCAGACCCAUGACCACCUGCUUUUGUGGAAGGAGCAUCGAUCUUAUCGCAUUAAAGAUCAUUAAAAUGUUUAAAGUUGUCGGUUUUGCGCAUUUGUGUUUUAAAUUACGCAUGACUCAUUUAAAUUAAGUAAUAAAUUCGCCUUUAAGCAGCUAAUGCUCGGAACGAAUCAGAUUUCCGUUGGCUGAGAAGCAGCUGUUACCAUAGUAACAUAAAGACAACACAGCCGCCGCCUUCUGCUCGUGACACAUCGAGUUAUCUUAAAAAAAGGCCUUAUUUAAACUCGUUUUGGUCAAUAAGGCAUGAUGACCCACAGACAGACCAUUUCUUAUCCAGAAGAUAAGUUAGCCAUAAUCAUGUCCAGCUCUUAAUGGGACGAAUAAAAUAUUUCUACCAGCAGCAAGGGAACAUGUUUGGUGAUUUGAUAGUGUCAUGGAGAAAUAUGAUAAAGUCCUGACUCUUGGCAGAGGAGGAGCAGGUGUGGUGAUGUUAAUGAAAGAUGUCGAGACAAAGAAAUUACGUGCGGUCAAGAGAAUCCAUGUGGACAGUUCCCAAAAAACAAAGAGCAAAGAUGCUGUGUUGCAAGAGGCAGAUAUUCUCAAGAGCUUGAAGCAUCCUCAUAUUAUAACAUGGAUUGACACUUUCUUUGACACGGCUAAUGAGCAUAUUUACAUUGUUAUGGAUUAUUGUGAUGGUGGUACGCUGGAUGACCACAUUAAAGAGCAGAAGAGCGGGGAAUACUUUGCAGAAUGCAAAAUUAUGGACUGGUUUGUGCAAGUAGUCAUGGCCGUCAGUUAUAUCCACUCUGAAAAGAUCCUUCACAGAGAUAUCAAGCCUUCCAAUGUGCUGUUGACCAAGAGAGGUGUGAUAAAGCUCGGGGAUUUUGGAAUAUCAAAGAUUAUGAACCACACGCUCGAUAUGGCCUCCACUUGUGUGGGAACCCCCAGUUAUCUGAGUCCUGAACUCUGUCAGGACGUCCCGUACAGCACUAAAUCUGACAUGUGGGCUGUUGGCUGCCUGCUGUAUGAGCUCUGUGCCCUCAAACCAGCAUUUGAAGCUAAAAAUCUCCUGAGUCUGUUUUACAAGAUCAUAAAAGGAGAGUAUGUCAAGGUCCCAGAGAGGUAUUCAGAAGACAUUCAUACAUUAAUCGAGAAAAUGCUGUCCUUGGUUCCCGAGAAUAGACCGAGUGCGACCAGCAUACUUAGCCUGACAUAUAUGCAAGAACAUCUGGGAAACUUCAUCACGCAUCAGGAGAAAGAACUUACAAAGGUGAAUGCUGAAUCCAGACCUCAAACAAAAGAAGAUCUUAAUCUAGAAAUGGCAUCGAUGGAAAGCAGAACAGAUAGCGACAAGACGCUACAAGCAGAGACAUCAUGCAGUGCUGAGGAGGAAGUGGCCCUUGAAGGAGCAGAGUCUGAUUAUUCAGAGGACUUUGACGAACAUGAUAGCUGUGCAUCCUCAGAGGAUGCUUCAAGAGCAGACGUGUCCUCCAGUCUUGCCAAUGUGGUUGAAGAGGCAUUUGAGGAAUCUAGUGUUGUGUUUGAAGACGAAGACAUCUCUGACUAUCCAGAUGACUUUGAAGAAGCUGAUGAUGAUGAUGACCUGGCUGAGGUGGUCAGCUUCGCCAGAGAUGCCAUGAACUGUGUUUCAGAGAAUGACGUGUUUGAUGUGGAACUGGAGCUCAAGGAUGAAGACGGUUUCUCUGUCACAAUGAAAAUGUUAAAAGAGAGAUACAUGGAGGAUGUUGGAGUCUCAGUUUAUGAGGAAAUCAGUGGGCACUUUCUAAAUGGCCUCACGCCAGAAGACCUGCUGCCACAAUUCCAGCACAUGAUUGGGACAGACCAUCUGGAGACCUGCUACCUCAUUUUCAACCUUGACCAAGAGACCACAUGCUGAAUCAUGUCUGUUCAAUUUAGAGAAAAUCAUUCUCUAAUGAUGAGUCACUCUUUAAUGAUGAACCCCAGAAAAUGAUGGAAUUGUAUGAAGCAUACAGCGUAUUUUAAAUACAGAAUUUUUUUUAUAUAUGUAAUCAUAUAUAAAUUAUAAUUAAUAUUUUGAAAUAGUGAGGACUUAUAGAUAUUUGACAUCAAGAAAAUGGGACGUUUAAAACUCCUUUGAAAGUGUUACCUUGUAUAACCAGAAGGUGGCACUCUAUAGUAAGAAAAUGUGUGGUGUUAAAAUACCAGUCCAGAAAAUGAGCACAUCAGUCUCCCAUAUCAACACUUAUAGUAACAUCACAAGGACUGAAGUAUAAAACGGCUGCCUUUUAAAUGUACUAUAUUUUAAAUACUAAAAUUAAUUAUAUCAGUGGCACCCAGUCGACUACUUUUUCAAGCGAUUCAACCCAUUUUUCUGCCUAGAGCUGAGAAAUGAUCUUUUAACAUAGCCGUUAAACAAUGCUUGUAAAUGUGAAAGCCGUGAGGAAUAUCAUGUGAACAUUUCCUGCUGUGAUUUCACUCCACUAUUGCAAUGUAAAACAGAAGACAUUUGCUGAAUUUGUAAAUUGAUGGGCCACAGCUGCAGUUGUUUUCCACUUAAGGCGUUUUCCCUUAAACUUGUCCAGAUUAUUCCAACAGAGAAUUAGAGACAGAUAAACUGCCAUGUGUAACUGUAUGAAUGACCCUGCAUUAUAUAUCAUUUCAGAAUGUUCACGAUCUUCCUCUAGAAGAAAGUGUG